UAGUAUUAGUAGUAUUUAAUAGUAUUUAGUAGUAGUAAUAAUAGUAGUGGUAUUCAGUAAUAAUAGUAGUAGUAGUAGUAUUUAGUAGUUGUAAUAGCAGUAGUAUUUAGUACUAUUUAGUAGUAGCAGUAUUUAUUAGUAUUUAGUAGUAGUAAUAGUAGUAGUAGUAGUGGUGGUGUUAUUUAGUAGUAUUAAGUAGUAGUAGUAGUAGUAGUAGUAGUAUUUAGUAGUAGUAGUGGUGGUGUUAUUUAGUAGUAUUAAGUAGUAGUAGUAUUUAGUAGUAGUAGUAGUAUUUAGUAGUAUUUAGUAGUAGUAAUAGUAGUAGUAGUAGUGGUGGUGUUAUUUAGUAGUAUUAAGUAGUAGUAGUAGUAGUAGUAUUUAGUAGUAGUAAUAGUAGUAGUAGUAUUUAGUAGUAGUAAUAGUAGUAGUAGUAGUGGUGGUGUUAUUUAGUAGUAUUAAGUAGUAGUAGUAUUUAGUAGUAGUAGUAGUAUUUAGUAGUAUUUAGUAGUAGUAGUUGUUGAAACUGCUCCGCUCCCAGAAAGACCUGAAACCCGAAGGUAAAGUCUGGUGACGCAUCAGCUGACUGUGUGGUCAUGUGACGGCUUGCGACAUCUUUAGCAUUGUGAGUGAAGGAGUGAACAAGCGAGCAGCAGUAACGCGGUGUUUAAUGCUGGCUCUGCACAUUCUCCCCAUUCACCAUGGCCUGGACGAAGUACCAACUCUUUUUGGCUGGUUUAAUGCUCACUACGGGCUCCAUCAACACUCUGUCUGCAAAAUGGGCUGACAUGUUUUCUGCUCCUGGUUGCAUUGGUGCCCCUGAUCAUAGCUUCUCGCAUCCCUUCUUGCAGGCCGUGUUCAUGUUUUUGGGCGAGCUGAGCUGCCUCGCCGCUUUCUACAUCCUCCUCUGCCAUGACCGGCGCAGACCGACGCCCACAGUAGAGCCAGGUCAGAGCUUCAACCCCUUCCUGUUCCUGCCGCCCGCUAUCUGUGACAUGGCAGGAACGUCCAUCAUGUAUGUCGCACUGAACAUGACCAGUGCCUCCAGUUUCCAGAUGUUACGGGGAGCGGUGAUCAUCUUCACCGGCCUGCUCUCGGUGGCUUUCCUGGGUCGCCGGUUGGCGGCCAGUCAGUGGAUCGGGAUUUUUAUCACCAUCUUGGGCCUGGUGGUGGUCGGACUCGCCGAUUUCGUGAGCAGCAACAGAGAGGACGGACACAAGCUCAGUGAUGUCAUUACAGGUGACCUUUUGAUCAUCAUGGCUCAGAUCAUCGUGUCUGUACAGAUGGUCCUGGAGGAGAAGUUCAUUUAUAAGCACAAUGUUCAUCCUCUGAAGGCAGUCGGGACUGAAGGCUUUUUUGGUUUCGUGAUCCUGACCAUCCUCCUCAUCCCGAUGUUCUACAUCCCGGCUGGGAGCUUCGGCAGCAACCCGCGGCAGGUCCUGGAGGACGCGCUGGACGCUUUCUGCCAGAUCGGCCACAAGCCGCUCAUCAUACUGGCGCUGGUGGGCAACACGGUGAGCAUCGCGUUCUUCAACUUCGCCGGCAUCAGCGUGACCAAAGAGAUCAGCGCCACCACGCGCAUGGUGCUGGACAGCCUGCGUACGCUGGUCAUCUGGGUGGUGAGUCUGGCGCUGGGCUGGGAGUCGUUCCACGGCCUGCAAAUCCUCGGCUUCCUCAUCCUUCUGCUGGGCACGGCGCUCUACAACGGACUCCACAAACCCGUGAUGGCCAGGCUGCCCUGCUGGUCUGCAGAGCGGGAGACGGAAACGGACGACGCAGACGAGAGAGAGAGACUGCUGGGCACAGGCAGAGCUGCACAGGAGAGCUAACGAUGAACGCACAACAAAACGUGUUCCAGAUUCUGCGUCAGCUCUCUCUACUCUGUGUUGGUCGAGCACUGAACUGACUCGAUACGUGUAGACGUCCAGGGAACGUGUUUGACGUCUCUGGGUUUUGCGUUUUUAACUAUAUUUUUUUCCCCUUACAAAUCACUUGACCAGUACAACUGACACUAGUAGAGGAACCGGAGGGCUGAUGUCGCAUGAUCGCUGCCUUAAGGGCACUGCACAGUCACGUUAUUGAUUUCUUUUUUGUUGUUUUUUUAUUUCUCAUUAUGCCAUAAUGGUUUAAAAAGGGAUGCUGAAAAUUUUAAAUCAUAUUUUUAAAAUAAUAUUUGACAUUUUUUAAAAUGUGUUUUAGUAUCCUAGAGCAGGGGUUCCCAAACUUUUCCAGGGCAAGGCCCCCCCAAAUGUCAUUAACAUUUGACCGAGGCCCCCCUUUUGCAAGAUAUCUUUAAAACACAUUAAAAAUACAGACUUCUGAAUAUAUCCCCCCUUUUUUUAUUAAUAAUUACAUCUUACAUCUUUACAUUACAUUACAAUUAGGAAUUGAUUUUGUGUGUGUGUGUGUGUGUGUGUGUGUGUGUGUGUGGUUGUCUCAGUGACAAAGAGAAAACAUACUAGUGGGAGGGAUGGGCUUGG